AUGGAAUCUGAAGGAUUCCAACGUAAUGUAUUGCAGUCAUUGGAUCAAGAUGCCAGAAACGGAUUGACACCAAUAAAAUUAAGAGCAAAAUCAGCUAAAUUUGCUAAAGCAACAGUCAAGGCACAAAUGGCAUCAUUCAAGAGAUUUGGAGUAUGGGCAGAUUGGGAUCAUCCUUAUCUCACUCUUGAUCCAGAAUAUGAAGCUGCUCAGAUUGAAGUGUUUGGGCAAAUGGUUUUCAAAAGGUACAUAUACAGACGGAGAAAGCCAGUGCACUGGAGUCCUUCAUCACGCACUGCUCUUGCAGAGGCUGAAUUAGAGUAUCCUGAAGUCCAUGUUUCAAAGAGCAUGUAUGCAAUUUUCAAAUUACUAACUACUCCAACUAAAGAUGGAUUACUUGAUGAAUUUCCCAAAUUGUCCCUUGCAAUUUGGACCACAACUCCUUGGACUAUUCCUGCAAAUGCUGCUGUUGCAGUGAAUUCCAAGCUCCAGUAUGCCAUUGUUGAAGUGCAAUCACCUUCACCUGAUGUUACUUCAUCUUCUGAAGAUGGAAAGAAGAGAAUUGGUAGUGUUUUGAAAGGCUCUAAGAUACCAUUUUUCAUUGUUGCACUUGACCUUUUGUCAACACUGGAAUCCAAAUGGAAUGUGAAACUUGCUGUUAAGAAAACAGUUUUCGGUUCAGAUCUUGAAAAUUGCAGAUAUGCACAUCCAAUAAAUGGGGAAGAAUGUCCAGUUGUGAUUGGAGGAGAUUACAUCACAACAGAAUCAGGAACAGGACUUGUCCAUACUGCCCCUGGACAUGGACAAGAUGAUUAUAUAACAGGAUUAAAAUACAAUUUGCCAAUAAUAUCCCCAGUAGACGAUGAAGGAAAAUUCACUGAAGAAGCUGGAAUCUUUAAAGGGCUUGAUGUGUUAGGAGAUGGGAAUGCUGCUGUAAUUGAUCACUUGGAUCAACUUUCAUCAAUUAUCAUGGUGGAACCUUACAGUAAGUUAGUUAUAAAGACACCAUUGAAAUGGUUUAAUAUAAAAUUUACUUAAAUGCCCUUGUUUUCUUGAUAU